AUGUCUUCAUUCUACGAACUUAAAGCUGAGAAGCCCGGCGGGAAGACGCUGGAGUUCGAGGAGUUGAAGGGAAAGGUCGUGCUCAUCGUUAACGUUGCCUCGAAGUGUGGAUUCACGCCUCAGUACAAAGGCCUCCAAGCGCUUUACGACAAGUACAAGGACAGAGAUUUCCUCAUCCUGGGUUUUCCUUGCAAUCAGUUUGGAGGACAAGAACCCGAGAACGACGAGAAGAUUGGCGAGUUCUGCCAGCUGAACCAUGGCGUAACUUUCCCGCUUAUGAAGAAGUCCGACGUGAACGGCGACAAUGCGAACGAGGUCUACAAGUAUCUCAAAGGCCAAAAGUCCGGCCUGUUGGGUCUGACCAGAAUUAAGUGGAAUUUUGAGAAGUUCCUCAUCGACAAGGAAGGCAAAGUAGUUCAGCGUUGGGCCUCGACUACUUCUCCGGAAGCCAUCGAUGCAGAAAUUGCGAAGCUUGUGUGA